AUGCGUAAAACGAGUCAACAUUUGUGUCGUCCGUGUGGACUACACAACUCACAUGGUAGCGCUCGCGAGAAGACUCGGCCAUCUUGCGAUUUUCAGAAGAAAACCGACGUUUUGGAGGAUCCGGCGAACAGCAACGCGCGAUCCGACGAGUUUUUGUCGAAUAAAAAAUAUCGAAAUGUGACCGAAGCGCUGGAAAUGUUCAAAAACGACGAUCUAGUCGCCGAGCCGGGAAAAAAGUUCUCAUACACUACGCAUGGAUUAACGCUGGCGAGUGCGGUCAUCGAAAAAGCUGCUGGAAGAGACUUCCCGACGCUCACCCGCGAAUUAUUCGCAAUGUUGGGAAUGCGCAGCACGCGUCUCGACACGAAGGAAAGAAUUGUUCCGAAUCGCGCAAGCUAUUAUCGUCGAAAUGAGCUUCAUGUGUUGGAAAACUGUCCCGAAGUCGAUUGCUCCUAUAAAUGGGCUGGCGGCGGAAUUCUAUCAAACGUUCUGGACCUCCUAAAAUUCGGAAACGCCAUUCUAUACAGCACUCAAACCGAAAACUCCGACGCACUUCUUUCAAAAUCGACAAUCUGCAAACUUCUUUAUCCGCACAUGAAUCUCAAAGACGGCGUCAAUGCUGGUCUCGGCUGGUUCAUCGUCGACGGCCACAAAAUCCAAACAACACGCGGCUCGGAGUCCCUCGGCGGCUAUUUCUAUCAUACGGGCGGCGCCGUCGGUGCCUCAUCAGUCCUUCUAGUCCGUCCGAGACCCAAUGAGGCCAACGCAAAAAUUCCAAACGGGACCUGCGUCGCGAUUCUAUGCAAUCUUCAAGAAACCUCCGUUCUUUCGCUAGCCGCCGAAAUCGAAGAGGUCUUUCGCUAA